AUGGCGGGCUCAUCAGAAACUGCAAAACCGUCUGCGUCAGAAACUGACAGCAACGGCCGCUACGAUUUCAAAUUCAGCCAGUGUUUCGGCGACAAAGCCGAUAUCGUGGUCACAGAAGCUGAUAUCAUCACUGCAGUCGAAUUCGACCAUACCGGCGAUUUCCUCGCCACCGGUGACAGAGGGGGCCGUGUGGUGCUGUUUGAACGCAACAACAGCAAGCAUUGCGAAUACAAGUUUCUCACCGAGUUUCAAUCACACGAUGCAGAAUUUGAUUAUCUCAAGUCGCUGGAAAUCGAAGAGAAAAUCAAUCAGAUCAAAUGGUGUCGUCCCACAAACCAAUCCCAUUUCCUGCUGUCCACCAACGACAAAACCAUCAAGCUUUGGAAAGUAUACGAGAAAAACAUAAAACUCGUCAGCGACAACAAUCUCAGCGAAGGUGCGUACGGCGCCGGUUCCGGCACAGGAUCAAGUGCCAAAAAUCGCCAUUUACAACACCACGGAAACGGCAGUGCUAAAGCUGUGUUGUCACUUUCCGCUCUCAAGCUUCCCAAACUUUCCCAGCACGACAAAAUCAUUGCCGCAGCACCCAAGAAAAUCUACAGCAAUGCACACACAUAUCACAUCAAUUCAAUAUCGAUAAACUCGGAUCAAGAAACGUUUGUCAGCGCGGAUGACCUGAGGAUCAAUCUUUGGAACUUGGACAUACCGGAUCAGUCAUUCAAUAUUGUUGAUAUUAAACCCGCUAACAUGGAAGAAUUGACAGAGGUUAUUACCAGCGCUGAAUUUCACCCCUUCCAUUGCAAUUUGUUCAUGUAUUCGUCUUCGAAAGGAACCAUAAAAUUGGCUGACAUGCGGCAAAAUGCUUUAUGCGACUACCGUGCCAAGACCUUUGAAGAAUACCUGGACCCCAUAAAUCAUAAUUUUUUCACGGAAAUCACCUCAUCGAUAUCUGACGUGAAGUUCAGUCCCGAUGGUCGUUAUAUUGCAUCCAGAGAUUAUCUGACGGUCAAAAUAUGGGAUGUGAAUAUGGACAGCAAGCCUGUGAAGACAAUCAAUAUCCAAGAUCAGUUGAAGGACCGUUUAAGUGACACGUAUGAAAAUGAUGCGAUUUUCGAUAAAUUCGAAGUCAACUUUAGCGGCAACAGUUCAAGUUUGAUGACCGGUUCUUACAAUAACACUUUUAUGAUAUAUCCAGAUGUGGUUGGGGCCAAAACCAGCAAAUCGCAGCCGAUGAAAGAGAUUGUGCUUCAGGCCGACAAGACAGCAUUCAAAUCCAAGAAGCUGGGCUCGUUGGAGCAGCAAAGCGCGCGCAACAAGCAAUGGGGCGAUGACAUCGAUUUCAAGAAAUCUAUUUUGCAUUUUUCGUGGCAUCCAAGGGAAAACAGUGUAGCGAUCGCGGCUACGAAUAAUCUAUUCAUAUUUUCAGCAUUAUAA